CCCCAGUGUCCCGACUCAGACACAUCUUUUCAGAGCUCUCUACUUGCGACUAGUGUAGCUGACACAACUGGACUCCUCCCAAGCAAAACGCUUGUUGCAUUUACCCUGCUACACAGUAGAAGAAAUAAGUGGGAUUCGUGAUCCUGCAUCUCCAGACCAUGAAUUCUGAUUCCAGCUCCAUGUCCAGCAGAGCCUCAUCCCCAGAUAUGGAGGAGGUGUAUCUCCGGAGCCAUCAUCAUCAUCAUCGCCAGGACAACAGGAUGAACUCGGUAUCGUCCACGCAGAGCGACAUGCUGCAGAAGAUGUCCGAGGAGAUGCUCUCUAGGCACGGCUCUAGAGGAGAAGAUGAGAGCAGCAAGUACAAGUUAAAGAAGCAGCUCUCCGAGCAGGACUUGCAGAAACUCAGGCUGAAAAUCAACGGCAGAGAGCGCAAAAGGAUGCACGACCUGAACCUUGCCAUGGAUGGGCUCAGGGAAGUUAUGCCCUAUGCCCAUGGCCCAUCAGUUAGAAAACUUUCCAAAAUUGCUACUCUCCUGCUGGCACGAAACUACAUUCUGAUGCUCACAAGUUCCCUGGAGGAAAUGAAGCGCCUGGUGGGGGACAUCUAUGGAGGACAUCACUCUGCUUUCCACUGUGGGACAAUUGGACAUGCUGCUAAUCACUCUGUGCACCCAUCUAACGCUGCACAUCAGGUCCACCCAAUCCUGGGCAGCUCUCUAUCCUCCAACACCCCCUCUAGCCUUUCAGCAUCCUUGCCAGGUAUUGGCACCAUCAGACCUCCACACUCACUGCUCAAAAGCCCUUCUACCCCUCCGCUUCCAAUUGGCAGUGGAUUUCAGCACUGGGCUGGGCUCCCAUGCCCAUGUACUAUAUGCCAGAUGCCACCACCACCCCAGCUCUCUGUACUGACCAGCAGCAUGUCCCGGAUCUCAGCAGAAACCAAAGACUUGCUGAAGUAACUCCAUGAACUCCAUGCUGAGCCAAUGCAAAGACUGGCCUCCUUAAUCUGUUUUUUAUCUAACCAGAUUACUGGAAAAAAACAUAUAUAGAAUUAUUGAAAACAAAUCUAUUUGUGGUGUAGCGGGAAGACUCAGCCAAGAAAUGUAGUUUGUAUGCAUGCUUCUUUUAUGUUCACAGCCAUUAUUUCCCCAUUAUUCGUAUUGCGUUUUAGAGGGGAUAGUGUCUUAUAAAAGCUGUAAAUACUGAAUAAGGUUCCAUAUCAUUUGGGUCUGAACCACGCAGGACAAGUUGUUGUCGAUGCAUUUUUCUACCACAUUUCUACCUUUGAUUUGACUUAUAAGACUGUAAAGAAAACAUGCAUGCUUAGAAGCGAGUCUUAUUCCAAACCUGUGCCUGACUACCAUACAGUUUUCCUUGUACCAAGGAUUUUAAUUAGUGAAUUAUCUGAAAUCUUUUUUUUUUUUGUGUGUGUAUAAGACUUUGUAAAACGUAGAAUAUGGAGGGAAGGGGGGGGGGCAAAAUCAAUUAAAUGCUGGCGUCCAGUGUGGCUAUAUUUCUCUUACUGUGAACCCCGAAAUCCAGCAUCGCCCCUUUAUUGCAGCAAUGCAGACACAAGAAUUCCACGCUGGGAAAUGAUUUCAGCGCUUUAGCACUAAAAUGGGCAAAGGUUUCGUGUUCAUUCGUGUUACUGUUUUUUUUUCGUUCGCCUUUUAUAGUUUUUAUAUUAUGAUUUCGUCUCUGGACAUUUGCUUGAACCUAUUUUGUUAAGACAGAUACAUUUGCUUGCCUUUAUUUUUUUAUAUUUUCUUGAUAACUAUCGAUAUAUUUAUUACAAAACAUCUUUCUUGGGAGGGAUUUAAAUAAAAGAUACCCUGAAAAAUGAA